AUGGCCGGGCCGGGGCUGCCGGGGCUGGCGCUGGUGCUCGCGGUGCUGCUGCCGCUGCCGCCGCCGGGGCUGCCGCUCCCGCCGGAGAACGCUGCCCCGUCCCGCUGCCCCCCGGACCAGUUCCAGUGCGCGCCCGGCGAGCGCUGCUUCCCCCGGGACUGGCUCUGCGACGGCCACCCCGACUGCUCGGACGAGGAGGACGAGCAGGACUGCGGGACCGCGACCCCGGCGGAGCCGAGUCCCGGCGGCCCCGCGCUGACCCCGCCUUGGAGCUCGGCGGGGCCGCCCGCCGGCAGCGCAGAGGCUUCAGCUACUCCUGAGCCUGGGGUCUCUGUGCCAUCCAGGAGUGAAGGUUACACGUGGAUCUUGAUUGUUGCAGGGCUCCUCAGCAUCCUGGUAGCUGCGGGUUCUGUUGCGUGGGGCCUGUUCAAAGCAAAAAGCCGAUCUAACACCGUCAGUCUUGAAAAAGCAUCCAGGGAACAGCUUAUGUCUGACAAGAGCCAGACAGGCUCCUUUCCCUGA